AUCUCUCUAUAAAUCAAUCGUUUUUGGUGCUCUAGUUUCUGCAAGUCGUGACGCAGAGGUGAAGAAGAUGUGUGGGGGUUCGAUAAUCUCAGAUGGACCAUUAGCCAAAAGAAGAGGUAAGUUAACCAAACAGGAGCUCUGGGCUGAGCUCGACACCAUUUCUCAGUUUUGGCGCUUCGAUUGCUCCGAUAAUGGCAACAAAAAUCGGACAAACCAAAACCCUCAUCCCUCAUCCAAGAAAGUGGGUGUUGAGGAGGAGGACAAAAAUUCCAUUGAGAAAAAUAGCAAAGCUGAGAAGGGUAACGGGAGGCCUAGAAAAACUAUGUACAGAGGCAUAAGGCGAAGGCCAUGGGGGAAAUGGGCUGCCGAGAUCCGGGACCCCCGCAAGGGGGCUCGGGUGUGGCUCGGGACCUUCUCCACAGCCGAGGAUGCAGCCAGGGCCUACGAUGAAGCUGCCAGGCGCAUCCGUGGCUCGAAAGCCAAGCUCAACUUCCCUUAUGAUCAACUGCCGGCGAAGGAUCGGGUGAUGGAGAAUGGGGUUCAAAGCGUGCCAGAGUCGUCGUUGAAUCAGUGCCAGCCGAGCCAGACGAAGAAGAAUGAGAUGCUGCUGAACUUGGAGACUUUUUUAGGCCUGGAGCCGGAGGCAGCGUGUGUCGAUGAAUGGAUGAUCGAUGAAUUUGGAGGUAAUUAGAAAAGAUAAAUCCAAUGAAAUUCAGCAUAUGAUCAAUGCGUUAAACAAACAAUAUUAUGGUAUUUUAUAUCAUCGUGUAUGUGUAUUGUAUUUUAGCCUGUGUACAUUGGACAAGAAUUUCAAUUAAGGGGACAUGUGUUUUUUUAUUCAA